UUUGUUUUUUGUAGAUCUAGGCGCGAAAAAUAGACAACACAAUUCAUCAACGGAAAAAUGGAUGGUCAAGGACAGCGUCUAAUAACGUCUUUUUUUUGUAAGCCACGUGCAACGUCUGUUAAGCAAGAAGUAAAAGAGGAAAAUAUUGAAAAGAAGAGUACUGACGACACAUCGUCACCGGAAAAAAACAGUUCUUUACCAGACAAGCCAGCAGUUCAAAGUGCUAAGAAGAAAGUAAUAAAGAAACUUGACAGUGAUGAUGAGGAACCUGUUUCUCAGAAAAAAGAAAAAAACAGUCCUUUACCAGACAAGCCAGUUCAAAGUGCUAAGAAGAAAGUAAAGAAACUUGAAAGUGACGAUGAGGAACCUGUUUCUCGGAAAAAGAGAAGAAAGUGUGCAGUUAGUAGCAGCAGUGAAGAUUCAGAACCAGAUAGUGCGAUUGAGAAACCGGCUGUGCUUAAAAAAGCAGAUAUUUUUUUGAAAAGUGUGAAAUCCCCAACUAAAUCUUCAAAAUUACCUUCCAGUAAUGAAACUCCUCUCAAUGGGAAACUUGAAAUUAAAAAAUCUAAUGUGUCACCAACCACCAAAGAUGCACAUGAUUCAAAAGAUGGUGUAACUGAAUUGUUGAAUCCUGAUUCAUAUAAUCCUGGGAAACAAAACUAUCAUCCUAUUCAAGAUGCAACAUGGAAAAAGGGAGAAAAUGUCCCUUACAUGGUUCUUGCUAAAACACUGGAAUUAAUUGAAGAAACCAGUUCCAGGUUAAAAAUGAUAGAGAUUUUAGCUAACUAUUUCCGAAGUGUUUUCCUGUUGUCACCAGAUGAUUUACUAUGUUCUGUUUACCUGUGUUUAAAUCAGUUAGCCCCUGCAUACAUGGGCAUAGAACUUGGUGUAGGAGAAGGCAUAAUAGUUAAAGCAAUUGCACAAGCUACUGGAAGAGCAACAGAUAAAGUUAAAUCUGAUGUUGCUACUAAAGGGGAUGUUGGGUUGGUAGCAGAGGCAUCCAAAGGCACACAGAGGACUCUUUCUAUGUUUAAACCAGUGAGUUUAACUGUGAAAAGCGUUUUCACUAAAUUAACAGAAGUAGCCGUGAUGACUGGAAAUAGUUCUCAAACAAAGAAAGUUGAUAAGAUUCAUGGAAUACUCGUUGCUGCAAAGCAAUUAGAAUCACGUUUUAUUACCCGAUCGCUUGCUGGAAAACUUCGUAUUGGGUUAGCUGAACAAUCAGUACUUCAAGCUUUAGCUUUUGCAGCUACGGCAACUCCUCCGAACCAAUCUACACCGCCUACCCAGUUGAAUUGUUUUGCGGGACUUAGUAGCGAAACCAUUAAAGCAAAAGUGGAAGCUUCGGCAGUUAUUUUGAAGACAGCAUAUUGCCAAUGCCCUAGCUACGAUCAAAUUAUUCCAGUUCUCUUACGCGAAGGUGUAGAAGCGCUUCCGCUACACUGUACACUAACUCCGGGUGUUCCACUAAAACCCAUGUUAGCGUGUCCCACACGAGGAGUCGGAGAAGUAUUACAGAAAUUUGAAUCUACCAAGUUUACUUGCGAAUGGAAAUAUGAUGGAGAAAGAGCUCAGAUACAUCUUCUCGAGAACGGGGAAAUCAGAAUUUACAGCAGAAACCAGGAAAAUAACACUUCCAAAUAUCCAGACAUAAUCAGUCGCUUUCAAUCGUGGAUUGAACCAUCAGCUUCAGUCCGUUCAGCUAUUUUGGAUACCGAAGCUGUAGCGUGGGAUACAGACAAGAAACAAAUUCUUCCAUUUCAAAUACUUUCAACAAGAAAACGAAAGGAUGCUGUGGAAGCUGACAUCAAAGUCCAAGUUUGCGUUUAUGCGUUUGAUUUGCUCUAUUUAAAUGGGGAAUCUCUCGUUACAAUGCCGUUAAUAGAACGCCGACAAAGGCUUUGGAAUAGUUUCCACAAAGUUGACGGCCAGUUUGGCUUUGCCACCAGCAGAGAUCCUCAAACAGUCGAGGAGAUUGAGGAAUUUUUGGACGAGUCAUUGAAAGGCAAUUGCGAAGGGUUAAUGGUAAAGGGAUUAGUCAAGGACGCAACUUACGAAAUUGCCAAAAGAUCGAAAAACUGGUUAAAAUUAAAGAAAGACUAUUUGGACGGCAUAGGCGAUACGAUUGAUGCUGUAGUAAUUGGUGGAUAUUUAGGUAGAGGCAAGCGCACUGGUCUCUACGGAGGAUUUUUAUUGGCAUGCUACGAUGAAUCUAAUGAAGAAUAUCAGUCUCUUUGUAAAAUAGGUACCGGUUUUAGCGAUGAAGACUUUCAAGCCCAUAGUGAUUUCUUGAAAAAUCAUAAAAUUCCAAAACCAAAGCCUUAUUUUAGGUUCGACCCAAGCUUGUCUCCCGAUGAUUGGUUUGAACCUGUUCAAGUGUGGGAAAUCAAAUGUGCCGACUUGUCAAUUUCGCCCGUACAUCGGGCCGCCACCGGAAUCGUUGAUCCGGUUAAAGGAAUUUCUUUGAGAUUUCCUCGUUUUAUCAGAAUCAGGCCAGACAAGAAUCCUGAAAAUGCUACUUCAUCAGAACAGAUUGCUGACCUAUAUAACAGCCAAGAGCAGGUUAAAAAUAAGAAAACUGAUGAUGAUGAAGAGGGUUUCUACUAAAUCCGACUUUCACACUGAUUUACUAUUGAUGUGCCUCUGCAUGGUGAUGUUUCUUUCAGUUGAUUUAACAUAAAUCAUUAAUUGAAAUAAAUACCAUUAUUAAAAAUUAUCAU